AUGAAGAACCGGACGGGAGCCGAGCCCCCGCUGCAGCUGUUCCCCGCGCCCGUGCUCACCGGCAUCACCGUCGCCUGCAUCCUCCUCUUCGUCAUCGGGAUCAUCGGCAACCUCAUGACCAUGUUGGUGUGCUCCCGUAUGAGGACCACCACCAACUUCUACCUGUCCAGCAUGGCCUUCUCCGACCUGCUCAUCUUCCUCUGCAUGCCCCUGGACCUCUUCCGCCUCUGGCAGUACCAGCCCUGGAACUUUGGGGACCUCCUCUGCAAGCUCUUCCAGUUCAUCAGCGAGAGCUGCACCUACUCCACUAUCCUCAACAUCACUGCCCUCAGUGUGGAGCGGUACGUGGCCAUCUGCUUCCCCCUCCGAGCUAAAGUCAUCAUCACCAAGGGGAAGGUCAAGCUGGUCAUCCUCUUCCUCUGGGCUGUCUCCUUCAUCAGUGCUGGACCCAUCUUUGUCUUGGUGGGGGUCGAGCACGAGAAUGGCACGAACCCCCUGAGCACCAACGAGUGCCGAGCCACGGAGUAUGCCAUCCGCUCGGGGCUCCUCACCAUCAUGGUCUGGACCUCCAGCAUCUUCUUUUUUCUGCCCGUGUUUUGCCUGACUGUGCUGUACAGCCUCAUUGGGAGGAAGCUCUGGAGAAGAAAGAGAAAGAACAUCGGUCCGAAUGCUGUCAUCAGGGACAAGAACAACAAGCAAACUGUGAAAAUGUUAGUUGUGGUGGUAUUUGCGUUCAUACUCUGCUGGUUGCCUUUUCACGUAGGACGAUAUUUAUUUUCCAAAUCCUUUGAAGCCGGAUCCUUGGAGAUAGCAGUGAUCAGCCAGUACUGCAACCUGGUGUCCUUUGUCCUCUUCUACCUUAGUGCAGCUAUCAACCCCAUCCUCUACAACAUCAUGUCCAAGAAGUACCGAGUCGCUGCUUGCCAGCUGUUUGGACUCAAACCCCUUCCAAAGAAAAGACUCUCCAGCACGAAGCAAGAAAGUUCGCGGGUUUGGACAGAACCAACCAUUGACACAUGACACAUGAUUUCCAGUGCCAGAGCAUCACUUACCGCUAUCUCCCAGAAAGCCAUAACGGAAGAGAAAGGGGGCAAGGAACACAAAUCGAAAUGUUAAAGCUGGACUUCUGUCAUCAUCUGGAUUUGCUGGAAGAUGUAACGCAGGCAGUUAAAGAUUUUAAAAAAAAAACCAAAAAAAACCAACCCUAAACUUGGAGACUAUAAAAGGAGGCACACGGUCAC